UGUUUAAGCUUAAUAAACAAAGUAUAAUUCAUAGUGCAUGUAAUUACCUGGUCCACAUAAAAUUAUUCAUAACUUUACAAGUCCAUGAUGAGAAAAACCGUGUGAUACAAAUUGUGAGAUUGUAUCAUCUCAACAGUGUUACUGGUCUUUUCUAUGUGCAUAUUUUGCAUGGUUUGGAGGAAAUGGUUUGACAAGUGGCAGAGAAUGUGAUUUCUGCAGCAUGACAACACAGGGUCAUUUGUCACUUACUGUGCAACAAUUCCUUGCCAACAAAAGGUUUCCCAUCACCCCAUCUACCAUACCUGAUAUCACUCUGAAUGUCUUUUGGCUGUCCCCUACACUGAAAAUAGGUCUUCAGGAGUUAUAUUUCACAACCAUGGAUAGUAUUGAAUGGAAUGUGAUGGCUGAACUCCUGAAUAUUCCAAAAUAAGCUUUCCAAUCAUGGCAGAAUCGAUGGGGUGUGUGUCAAACUUUGAAGAUGAUUAGGAAAGUGUUUCCAUAUGUUCUAUCAUUUGUAACACAAUUCUAGGAACUUUUCAACUGCUUGUGUACACUAUUAUAAUAGUAGUCUUUGAUAACAGUUAGCUAGUCCUGAUUCUGUUUAAAAUACAUUUUGUACAACUUCAUACCUCAUUAUAUGAGCAUCAUAUGUUUUUGUGUUUAGUUAUCGUUAUGAUUGGAAACUUGAAGAAGCUCAAAAGAAUGUUCUGAGAACACAUACAACGGCAGUCAGUGCUAGGAUGUUAUAUAAAUUAGCACAACAGGAGAAGUUUACGCCAACAAAAUAUUUCAGUAUUGACAGGGUGUAUCGAAACGAGACCUUGGAUGCCACCCACCUGGCCGAAUUUCACCAGAUAGAGGGAGUUGUGGCCGACUACAACUUAACACUGGGUGAUCUGAUAGGAACGCUACAUCAGUUCUUCAGUAAAUUAGGAAUAGAAAAACUUCGCUUCAAGCCCGCUUAUAAUCCAUACACUGAACCCAGCAUGGAAGUGUUCAGUUAUCAUGAAGGCCUGAAAAAAUGGGUGGAAAUAGGGAAUUCUGGUAUCUUUAGACCCGAAAUGCUUCUGCCAAUGGGUCUUCCAAAACAGGUGACGGUCAUCGCCUGGGGACUUUCUUUAGAAAGGCCAACGAUGAUUAAAUAUGGAAUUGACAACAUCAGAGAUCUCGUGGGCCAUAAAGUGAAUCUACAAAUGGUCUAUAAUAAUCCAAUCUGUAGGCUCAAUGAAUCAAAAUAUUAAAUUUGUAUUUAAAAUGUUUCUCGAGCAUUUAAUUGAAUACGUUGUGUUGUAAAAAUAUUUAUUGCAGGUUCUAAAUAAGUGAGCAAUAAAUCAUUUGAUGCUGUUAAUAAAUAUUCUAUAAAUA